GGCAGUUCUUUAAACCAUGGAACUUUUGAAAAAGCAUCUGGUCCUUAAAUUCUUCCACAACGCCAAUGUCCGACUGCAAAUUCUAAACGCCAACCCCGCCAGCACCGGUCAGCUAUGGGACGAAUCGGGUAGCUACACAAUUGACCAGGUACUUACGCAGAAAAUUCGCUACCUCCAACGGAUAUCUCGCUGCUUCGAGGCCAGCCGUAGCGAGGAGGAAUCACUUGCAGGUGGAAGCGACUACUCAGGAACGGUCACGCUAAGCUUCGAACGAUGGGGAUCCGGGUUCGAAGAGCUGUUCGACAUGGAACGGUACGAGCGGUACUGCAAGGAGCAACGCAUAUUGACUCGCCAGCUGAACAACCUGAACCGGUUGCGGGAUCUGACGCAUCAUGACUUUAUUGAAGAAUUUCAAUUUGAAGUUGCUAAAAACAAGCUCGUCGAUGGUUGGGAACGAUCACGACAAGCUCUACAGCUGAACGAGAACAAAGAUCGUUGCGAGACUCUACGAAAGGACACCGUAAACCGGGAGGUCACGCUACAAACUGCUGUUCAAGCUGGUGUCCUGACCGAUGAGUUCUACUCGUGGCAACUCGAACAGGUUCAGCAGUCGAUCGACGAGUGGAUGAGUCGAUUCGAUCGAGAAAAGGACGAACUUGAUGGACGACUUCAGAAGGCUCGUGUGAAGAAAAACCACUGGAAUGAUUUGAAGACGGAAGUUGAACAGAGAACUUUAGAGAUUCAACGAUUGCAGGGAGUUGAAACUGCACAUUUGGAGCGAAUCAAACGCCGGGAAUUGUGCCUGAAGAGUGCAACGAAGAUUCAAGCUUGGUGGCGUGGGGUGAUCGUUCGUCGUGGAAUUGUACUCGGAGCUCGGAAACGCAAGAAGAAGCAAUCCAAGAAGGGCAAGGCCAAAAAUCCAAAGGUCCGAAUAAAAUUCAAAAAUAAUACUUAG